CCAACGGAGAGACAACCGACAUGAGGCGUCUGUUCACGGUUGCAACUUGGUGUCUCAAAGGAAUAAAAUAACUAUAACUAAUAAGACGAAAGGAAACGAAGAACCAUUUGCCGUUGGAUAUAUGCCGUUGGAUUCGUCUUUAAAAGUGUUUUUCUUCGGUUGGUGUAGCUUAUGCCCAAGAAAUUGUACUGCUCGCUUUCGUGGACUACAGUAGGCUACAGCACCGAAACACAGGAGAGGACGCAACUUGUUUAUCAGCCAACUUUGCGCAUUUUUGGAAAGAGAGAACACCAACGGCUUAGAGGAUAUACUGUGUUUCGUUUUUUAAUGUAGGCUACUAGUUCUCAAGGCAUGCGCUACACAUCUUAACUUAUGUUUCAUUGUCGUUGUUGACGACGCUUUCGCGAAAGAUAUUGGAGAAGCGCUUUGGAGGCUACUUGACUCCCUUAUGUACGAACAUACGACACCCUGGCCGAUGCUGGUUUGGAUGUCUUAAAAAAAAAACAUUAUUUGAAUGUUCUGUGCUAGUGUAAUAAUUUUAAAAGUUACUAUUGCUUACAUUUAGCCCAUUUAUAAUGUAUAAUGAUUUCGUCAAAACUAUGUGUGACAUCCUAUUAAAUGUCAGCCUAUUUACAUUUCGCAUAAGUCGACUUGAAAGCUAUUUUGGAAAGAGCUUUAGAAAGCAUGCCAUUUUGUGAGGACUACGUCCAGGAGUUUUUAUAAGUCGCUUCGGAGUUGCUGACGGACAGCAGUCUCUUGCAUCACGUCAAUGCUUGCUCGGCUUCAACACCGCACCGUGGUCCCGGUAGCGUUCUAGGAUGAGCACGGAUCUGGAUCGCAUGUCGCUGAGUUCCUCGGCGAACUCAGUGGCGUCCAGUGCCCGCUCACUGUCAGUCAACGUCAAAAAGCUGCACAAUGCGCUCAACCUGCUGCUCAACGACUUCGAGCGGGAACAGUUCAUCCACUGUCUUAAUGUGUAUCACUCCAAACGCAAUGUCUAUGACCUGGUCCAGACGCUCAAAGUCAUCCUUAACGCCCCCAGCAAACGUCAACUGCUACCCAUGUUAAGGCUGGUCAUCCCACGCUCAGACCAGCUUUUGUUUGACCAAUACACCUCGGAGGGUCUAUACUUAAAAUCGGAUUUAGCUGCGAGCAAUGGCAGCCCCGAACCAUCUCUGGAAGUUGCUAAUGCGAGUCCCACUCUCGCCACGGUCUACCCAUCUCAAUCGGCGCUACGAGGGUCCCCAGAUACCGCCAGCACCAGCAGCGACGGGGGCACCACUCUGGUGCCGCUACUCGGAAGUGAUUUCCUUCAUGAACCCCCAGGAGAGCUCCGACAGGUGGUCCUAAAGCGGCACAAGAGCAACGAGGGGUUAGGUUUCAGCAUCCGUGGAGGCUCCGAACAUGGUGUUGGGAUCUAUGUAUCACUUGUGGAACCAGGUUCCCUCGCCGAGAAAGAGGGCUUGAGGGUCGGCGAUCAGAUCAUGAAAGUUAACGACAAAGUAUUCGAGAAUCUGACUCAUGCUGAGGCAGUAAAGGUUCUAAAGGGAAGUAAAAAACUGUGUAUGUCGGUGCGCUCGGUGGGGCGGAUCCCUGGUGGCUACGUGACCAAUCAUGUGUACACGUGGGUGGACCCUCAGGGCCGAAGCGUGUCGCCCCCUCCGGACUUGACGGAGCACAGCAGUGCCACCCUGCGCCGCGGCGACAGCCAGAGACGCAGCCACAUGCAGCUGCUGCAGGAGGGUGACGAGAAGAAGGUGAACCUGAUUCUGGACGAUGGCCGCUCUUUGGGGCUGAUGAUCCGUGGAGGGGCCGAGUACGCUCUCGGCAUCUACAUCACCGGAGUGGACCGGGGGUCUGCCGCUGAGUUUGGGGGACUGAAGGUGGGCGACCAGAUCCUGGAGGUGAACGGCCGCAGCUUCCUUAACAUCCCGCACGACGAGGCGGUGCGCGUGCUCAAGUCCUCGCGCCACCUCAUGAUGACCGUGAAGGACGUGGGCCGCCUGCCACACGCCCGCACCGUGGUGGGUGAGACCAAGUGGAUCAGCAGCUCGCAGAUCACCGAGAGCUCCACCAGUGGCAGUGUGGCGGGACUGUCUCUGGAUCAAGGGGCAUCGGCGUCGGGGAAGCCGGGGUUUUAUAAGGGCGUGGCUGGAUCUCAGGUGACCCUGUCCAGCCUGGUGAACCAGAGCAGGGCGAUGCUGGAGGAGCAGGCACGCCACCUGCUGACCGAGCACGAGAGGCAGACCAUGGGCUACUACCUGGAGGAGUACCGGGACGGACACAUCGGCGUGGAGCAGCUGGUCAUGGCCCUGUUUGAGCUGCUCAACACCCACGCCAAGUUCUCGCUGCUGUCGGAGGUGCGAGGCCUGGUGUCUCCCCAGGACUUGGAGCGUUUCGACGGGAUGGUGCUGCGACGGGAGAUCGAUGCCCUGAAAGCCCGGCAGGGUGGACCCGGGGCGGCCGCCCUCCAGCCGGACUCCUACUCCAUGGUGUCCUAUCCAGACACGCUGGCGUCCUCAUCGGCCAGCUUCAUGACUAACACCACACUCAGCUCAGCAAGGGAAAGGCUGCUGUGGUUGAUAGAUAUGAUGGAGAAUGACAGCACAGUGCAACAGAGUAACGGAGAGGAGCCUCCGGAGAGCGUCAGUGCGCUGCUGCCGGACAUCUCCCUGGACGAGGUGCAGUCCAGGUCCGACUCUCCCCCCUCCUUCAAACCUCCCCCUCCCCCAGGGGUCCAGAGGAGGCCGAACCGGAGGGAGCCAGCCACCAAGCGGCCCUCCUCCGAGUCCUCCCACUCCGGCCUGUACUUCACCGCCCCCUCCUCUCCUCCUCGUCCGCCCACCGCUCGGCCGCUAAAGACCACAGGCGCCCGCCCCCGCACAAAAUCCACCUCCACCUCCGCCGCCUCCACCUCUGCAAACCACCCCAAAAAGGGGGUCCCCACCACCCAGCUCUCCAUGGUCAGUCAGCACAACAUCGGCCCGUUCCCGCGCGUCCAGUCCCCUAGCCGAAACACGCCGGCGGCCCCACUACCGCCCCCUGCUGUUGCCCCGACUCCGUCCGUGACGCCCCCCCCUCCGCCACCUCUACCGGCUCCCUCUGCCCCUCCGCCCUCGGCCUCCCCAGACAAGGCCUCCCCCUCCUCCCCUGCCAACAACCAGCACUUUGUGAUGGUGGAGGUGCACCGGCCCAACGCCGAGCCCGAUGUCAACGAGGUGCGACCGCUGCCACAAGCUCGAGGUGCUACUCUCUCACAGCUGUCAGACAGUGGUCAGACUUUAAGCGAGGACAGCGGCGUGGACAUUGCUGAGUCGGGGCGCCUCAGCAAGGAGAGCAGCCCCCGCCCCGCCCGGACGCGCCCAGAGGGCACGGGGGGUGCAGGGGAGGCCACGCCAAAACCGCCGGGUCUACUGGAGCCCACGUCCACUCUGGUGACGGUGGCAAAGUCGGCCAGCACACUGGGCAUCGCCAUCGAGGGGGGCGCCAACACACGCCAGCCUCUGCCACGCAUUGUCACUAUACAGAGGGGAGGUUCGGCUCAUAACUGUGGUCAGCUAAAAGUGGGCCAGGUGAUCCUGGAGGUCAACGGUGUGUCGCUACGGGGCCGGGAGCAUCGAGAAGCUGCGCGGAUCAUCGCCGAGGCCUUCAAGACCAAAGACAGAGACCAUGUAGACUUCCUGGUCACAGAGUUCAACGUGGCGCUUUAGGGGUCACCGGUGUCACACUGUCUUCACCCACAUCCAGUCUGUAUGUCCAGUGGAAUGACACCAGGGUCAGAGGGUCAAAGGGUCAGAGGUCAAAGAUGGAGCGAGGUGGAGGAACAUGGAGCAGAUGGAACAGUCACGGACUUCAUGCUUUAAGGCAGAGUUCAGCCCUCUUUCCACAUCCUCCAUGACUCACCCAGGAAGUUCUACGAGGUUCUGUAACACGGUUUGGGAGCGGAACCUGAUUAUUCUAAUGACUCUAGGAGCGUUGGACUACACGGAUAUAGCUGCUCACCUGUAUGUACUGGCACGUCUUAGGACUCCGUUAGGAUUCACUCAGUAGUUGAACACAGCUCAGAAUCUGAAGAGCAGGGAUUAAGGAAAACAUCUGCUUUUUUAUUUAUUAACAGUAAGCUUCUUAUCGUUGCCGUCACCACAACAUCCCUUGGACUUGAAGCUGAUGACACUUAUCCACACAGACACAGACACACAUACACACACAUACAGUGCAAGCCAGCACAAUGGACUAUUUAUUCCUAGGAAAACAUUAUAGCCACCAUUGCUCCAAUCCUUGACUUUUAACUGAGAAUCUUGCAUUCUUUUUUUCUAAAUGGCUGUUUUUGAAUGGAAAAUAAAUAGCUACAGUAUAUACCCAGAUGAUGAGAUGCAAAUAAAUAGAGUAUAAUAUAUAAAUGUCAAAGGCACACUUUACUGUGUAAUUGAAACACGAUACAGGAGAACUGAGACGUAAUCACGAGAAAAGGUUUUAUAUUAGAGAUCAUUGCAUAGAAGAACAAACCUCAGCUUCCCUUGUUUUCCUGCAGGGCACAGGGGAGUCUCCUCUGCUCUAAUUGGCUUUUCUGUCCCCCUUCUUUUUGUUGUUAGUUAGCCACAUUUAUUCUGUUUCUGCAAUGCUGCAGUUAAAUGCAUAAUUUGGUAAUUACACCUAAACAGUGGUAAUUAUGUGUUGGAGUUGAAGGAGAGUGUGGGGCAGCAAGGGAGAGAUAAAGGAAAAGUAAGAUAGAGGUGAGAGAGAGAGAAAUGGAAAGGGAGCCAAAGGAAGAAAGACAGAUAGCGAAGCGUCAGAGAGAUGCGAGCGCCUGUGUGAAGCGAGCUCUGCAUCAGGACAGAUACAGCCGGUGAGGAGCCCACUGUGUCUGCUACCUCCCCUCCCCGAUCACACACACACACACACACACACACACACACACACAUACACACAUAUACACCACCCCCCUGCCUUAGCUCCCGUUAUAUCUGUAUGGAAUAUGGAGAGGCACUUUAUCCAAUUAUGUUAUGUGAAUCAGGAACAAAGCGUGGCAAUCAGUCAGGGGUUGGAGAGAGGGAAUGGGGAGUAGGAGAGGAGGCGAAGGAGGGGAGGAGAGCGUGCAGUGGAACUAAUGAAAAGUUGUGAAGUGUGUGUGACUCCUGCGGGAGCUUUGCCGAGGAACUGAGGAAAGAAGAGAGAAAGGGAGACAGAGGAAGAGAAAGAGAGUGAACGAGAGGCAGAGAGAGAGAGAGAAAUAUGGCAUCUGCUGAUAUGUCACUCAUGACUGUUGCAUAAGAAUGAGGUGGACCUGGAUCUCUCUGUGUGUGUGCGUCUGUCAGUGAUAAAUGCAGUGUGCGGUGGCAAAGGAGGAAGAGUUCUGUAAGAGCAAUCCCACAUCGGACGUGUUUGUUUUUAACUGAGUGUGUCAGUGUUUGUGUGCAAAGAGAGGGAAGGAGGUAGAAUUAAUUGCAAGCUUGAAUGGUGAAGCCUAUCAUGAGACAAGGCUAAGGGAUACCUGCUGCCAGGCAGGGCUGUGGCUUUGAAGCAAUCAGGAAUGCUAUAACGCUUUAAGGAACCAGUGAGGAGGAUCCAGGUGACUUCAUCUGCACUCUCGUCAUGAGCGGAGCAGCCAUCUUGAGAUUCACUCUCCCCCCUCCACACCACCAUUUUGUGCAAACAUGUAUUUUUACGUAGAUUUAUAUUUUCUAUUUAUAUUGAACAUUCUUGUCUAUUAAAAUUAUAUCUAUAUAUAUGAUGCUGAUUCAUGACUAUGGAGUAGUUAUUUGGUUAAUAUAUUUUGAUCAUGUUAGAUAAUGGCUGACUGAUCUCUGAUUAGGUACGUACAACCACUACCAAGUAGGUACUUAUUAACCACUCUUCACAGUUGAAGUCUGGGUGGAUAGUGACAGAAUCCUAUUUAGUUUUAGUAAUUCAGUGGUGCAGUCCACUGUCAGAAUUCCCCCUCCCAUCACUUGCCCUCCGGUUUCACACCCUCAGGCUAUUUUCCACCAGAGCCAAUCUUGCUUCUUUAUACGUGUCUUCUAUAGUUUUCUGGUCGAGUCCAGUUAUUUGUUAUAUUCUGAUCUGAUUUAUUAUGUUCUUUGGUAUCUAAAGACUCAAUUCCACCUGCCGUGACUAUGGUGACUCUUUCUGUUUCUGUACUGUAUUAGUGUGUCAUUACAGUGUGCUCCAGAGACAUGUUGUGGUAAUGGAACUCCAUACAACACACAAGUCCAGAGCCACAUCAGGUUUAAACUUUAAAGUCGAUCUUCAAAGACAGUUCCAUUUCUGUGAAGACAUGCUAAUGAAAUGUCUGUAUUCCUCAAAGACAAACUUUCAAGAAGUGCUUUAAAUUUAACUUGAAUUGAAUGAAGGUUGACGAUAUGGAAUACAUUAAAGGGAAUAACUAUAUUUUUACAUUUGACAUUUAUGAUAUUUUGACAUGUUCUUUACUUCAGUGUUAGUAAAGUAUGCCGAAAUUGCUCUUCACAAUUUCAAAGUCAUGAAUCAAAAACACCUGCCAUGUAUUUGCUCUCCUCCAUAACAUCUCUGUCAUGACUUGCUUAUAAUAACCUGAGCAUUUGUUCAUUCAUGAGCAGUUCCCUUUUUGAAGUGAUUAAUAUACAGCACCAUCUUUUUUUUUUUUCCAUUGUACUUUUCACAGAAGAAAGUGCUGUAAACUAGCUAGGUGUUUGAGCCCCAAAGGUCUAAGUUGAAACAAUUCACAAAUUGCUCACACACAUAAAUCCACUCUGAAGUGCCCACCGAAAAAUGAUAAUUAUAAGCACGAUUCAUAUGACAGAUUUCAUACACAGUCAAGAAGUCCAAAUAUCUGUCACUGUUCUGCCUAAAAGUAUAAUGAAUCACAGUUUAGACUCCUGUUUGAAAGUCAAAGUAGAUUGGCUGGUCAAAGCCUGUCUUCCAUCCACCGUGUGACCCACAACACCCGUACCUUUAAGCCCUUUCCCAAAGCUUGUUAUUUAAAAGAUUUUUUUUUACCAAUGUAGUAACACAUGAUGCUUUAAUUAAUUGCACCCACUCUAUGUAUGUGCCUGGUCAGGUAUAGCUGCACAGUGAUGCCCCCCCCCCCCCCCACACCUACCCCAUACAUUUCAUUCUGCCUUCCAUCAGCCUGCCUACCUGUCUACUUGCCUGCCUCUUGUACA